AUGACAUCCCACAAUAUCCUACGAUGCAUUGGAACUGUUCCACUUAUUUAUAUUAGACUUAAUGGGUAUUCUACGACGCGUUGGACUUGUCCCGCUUAUGUGGACCUCCUUCGGUCGAUGUUUGAAAACAUGCAUAUUUCAAGUGGUAUCACCCAAUACUUAAGGGAUGUAACCUUUACAAAAUGGACUGUCCAUGAUUGUCUUGAAUUUUUAGCAGAAAAUUGUGCAGGGGUGACGUCUAAACAUUGGAAAGCUACAAAGCUUUUUAAUGGUGCAGAAAGAUAUUUUCAAUUCAAAGAAGUCAUAGCGUUUUUUGGUCUAAUAGACAAAAAGUUGAAUUCUUUUCAAUCUCCUGUAAGCAGUCAGUCCAUGACAUUAAAUGGCGUCAAUAUUGAUGAAACUGCUAAGGUUUCUGAAAUUGUACAAGCGUCAAGUAGCGCUCAAACUAAUGACAAAGAGGACCAGGAGGUAGAUGUUGAUAACAAUAAAUCUGAGGAUGAUGGAGAAGUAUUUCCCAAUUCUAGCCUAUUAGGUAGAAAUGAUACGAAAGAUGGAACUCGAACACCUCCUCACCAAAUCAUUGGAAACACUUAUAACUCGGUUGUCUCUCAAUCCUCAGCCAAUGAAACCAAUGAAAACAUCUUUAGAGGAGCUUCCGAGAAUUUAACAUGUCUAAAUGAUAUCAAGGAGUCUUUAACUGAAGACGAACCAAAGAAAACAAUUUCUGACUGGGUUUGCAUCACAAAUACACUGAUAGUAGUUAAUGAUGAAGACACCGAGGAAGUAACAAGACUCAAAAAAUAUUUAUAUAGAGUAAUGCUACCUUUAAUCGAGUCAUUCCUUAAACCUAUUCUGGACAUUAGUGCCUCAAACAGUAGUGAACAUCACUAUUGGUCGGAGUUCAGACAUCAUUUUUUCUCUUAUGUUUUACAAGAAUUUGCAGGUUUAGAUUGGCGAGC